AUGCCCAAGGUAAAGGCGAACAAGCGCAAUAGCGCUUCGAAAAACCCAUACGCAGAUGCGGCCGCCAAAACGAAGGCCGCCAACAGCGUCUUCAAGAUGAAUACGGAUAUCGGUCAGCACGUGUUGAAGAACCCUGGUAUUGCUCAGGCUAUUGUGGACAAGGCGGAAUUGAAGCAAAGUGAUGUUGUUCUCGAAAUCGGUCCCGGUACAGGUAACUUGACGGUCAAGAUCCUCGAGAAGGCGAAGAAAUGUAUCGCCGUCGAGCUGGAUCCUCGAAUGGCGGCAGAAAUCACCAAGCGUGUCCAGGGUACCCCCGUGCAGCAGCGUCUGGAUGUCAUUCUGGGAGAUGUGAUCAAGACAGAGCUUCCAUACUUCGAUGUUUGCAUUAGCAAUACUCCUUAUCAGAUCUCCUCCCCUCUCACCUUCAAACUUCUUGCAACCUCCCCUGCACCUCGAGUCUGCAUUCUCAUGUUCCAGCGUGAAUUCGCCCUACGUCUUUUCGCGAAACCGGGAGAUAAGCUUUACAGUCGACUUUCCGUCAAUGCGCAAAUGUGGGCCAAGAUCGAUCACAUCAUGAAGGUUGGAAAGAACAACUUCAAGCCCCCGCCGCUCGUCGAGUCGAGCGUUGUCCGCUUGGUCCCCAAGAAUCCCAGACCGCAGAUCAGUUAUGAAGAAUGGGACGGGCUCUUACGAAUUGUCUUUGUCAGAAAGAAUAAGACUAUUCGGUCCAGCUUCCUCGGACAAACCGGUAUCAUGGACAUGUUGGAAGCUAAUUAUCGGACAUGGUGUGCACAAAAUGACAUUCCAGUUGAGGAUGGGCCUGCUGAAGAUGCAAGUGGUGACGCUAUGGACAUGGGUGAUGCGCAAGAUGAUGCAGAGGAUGAUCAAGAUCAGACCAUGGAGGUAGACGACGAGGACGAUGUGCCUGAUUUCUUCAAGGAGCAAGCAAAUUCUCGUGUCCAGGAAGCCCUCAGAAAAAACAACCCGAACCGCAAGAAGAAGGGGAAGGUCGCGGAGUUGGUGCGCGAGAAAGUACGCCAGGUCUUGGAAGAUGAGACAAAACUCGCAGACAAACGGGCAAGGAUGUGUGAUGAGAAUGACUUCCUGAAGUUGCUGUGGGCGUUUAACCAAAAGGGUUUCCAUUUCACUUGA